GCAGACAUUCUUGAGACAUUCUAGUUGCAGUUGUCAGAGUAAAAGUGUUCUGUGAACAGCUGUGCGUACAAGAAUUGAGAACAUAGCCUUAGCUGUAAAAUUUACAAUUAAGCUGUAACGAGAUCUGCUACAAGUGGGUACAUGAAUAAACUUACAAUGAGGUACCAAAAGUGGAAUACCAAAGAAGACAUAAUCAAGGACCUUGCUUUUGCUUCUGGAAAACCACUUAAGGAUAAAGAUGUAGUUGUUGUGGGUGAUAGACCAUCUAAAAGAUAUGAUGAUUCUGAUGGUGAUAUCGAAGAACAAAUGCAGUAUUUAUUAAGUGGCAAUAACUUGACAGAUUCCAACAUGGCGGUGGGGCCCGAUUUAGAUGGAAUUACUGAAAUGAUUCUCAUGUUAGAUGAUUCAUUUUUGUGUGACAAAACUGAUUCGGUCAAUGUCGAAAAUACAACAAAUGAAGUGAUCAUUCUGAGUAAACUGAACCCAAAUGUGCCCGAGUUUAUUCCCAAGAAUAUAAAUCAGGACAUUAAAGAGGAGAAAAGUAAAGGAAAUAAUACAAUAACGGAAAAGGUAAUAAAAAAUGACAAAACAGAAAACUGCUUGAAAGAUGAUCUAAAUGAAACCACCAUAAUGACUCUAGACAUAUCAAGACUAACCAAUAAUGAUACAGAUCAAUUAAGAGAUAGGCUAAGGAAUACAAUAAGUGAAACAUUGGAAAGUAAUUGUCAGAAAGUGAAACGUCAAAGGAAUCUGGCAAUGUCUUCACUGAUGAAAUUAUGUGCUAAAGAUACAAAAGACCAUAAAAAUACGGAAAUACCGUUAUUGAUGACGCCUUCACACUUCGAGCUUAGAACGGACAAGAGUUUAAAGCUUACAUUUGAUCCAGAUAAGGAGUCAAGUAGUAUAGCAAAUAAUUUAGUACAACAACUCAGACCAACCGAAAAGUCAUGUGAUAUUGAUAAGGCCGGUAAUAAUCAUGAGUCUGACGAAGUAAAUCAAUUAGAAGUUCGAAAAUCAACGGAAAAAGUUUACAAUUGGAUUUGCAGCUCCAAUGAAACAUCUUCAUCCAAUUCGCCUAUUUUCAUGACAGGACCAAUAACAUUCAAGAAAAAGUUAAAGAAACCAACACCAACAGAAAUAAGACCAGUGGUCAAAGACCCUGUAGUAGAAUUCAAGCCAUCAGAAUACGCCUAUGAGCUAUUAAAGAAAUAUUCCAAUAAUUUGAAAGUUAAAGACAUUUCAGACUCAGAUGUUGCAAUUAGAUUUAAAAGCUAAAAAUUAGAAUAUAAAACUAGAAAAGUGGGAAUAGAUUAGUAAUAAUAGUGGCAGUGACUUAAAACAUACAGAGCAGAUUAUUCAAUGAUUAUAACGAUUUUAGAAAGUAUUGAUAUGGUGCACUAUAGAGUAAAAAUAUAAUUAUAAAUGACAGUUUUUGAAAGAGAAGGCAAUCACUUCGUAGCGUUUCACGAAAAUAGACGCGAUAAAUCUUCGUUUUACCCUUUGCCGAUUACUUACGCCUUACGAACUACAAUUAGAUUUAAAAGAUAAAAAUUAGAGUAUAAAACUACAAAAGUUGGAAUAGAUUAGUAAUAAUAGUGGCAGUGACUUAAAACAUACAGAGCAGUUUAUUCGAUGAUUAGUUUAAGUCUUGAUAUAGUGCACUACAGAGUAAAAAUAUAAUUAUAGUUAGCACAAUAAAUUUACAUUUUAAUUAUUGGAUGUAUUUUAUGCUAUAUUACAAAUAGAAAACGUUGUGCAAUAUUUAAUUAUAUUUAUAUAGACUACAUUUAUAAUUUUAAAAUGAUAUUUUAGUAUAUUUCAAAAUGCCCAAUGGAAAAGGUUAAUAUUUAUUGUAUGCAACACCAUUGUUUACAUUUUUGAUCUCGAAUUAUAUUUGUCGACUAUACAUGUGAAUCUGGACUCCGUCCUGUAGAUAAUAACAAGAUAAAUACCAGAUGCUAGCACAAAUUAAGAAAUAUCUUUGACAAAGAAGUGUUAGUAAAGUAUAGUAAAUAUUAUAAUAAUGGUAAUGAUGAAUGGUUCUUUUCUGGUUUUGCGCAGGCCACCUAAAAUUUUAUAAUAUUAUAUUAAGUAGGCAUGGUUAAUAUAUGAUUUAAAAGAUGGCCUUGGGGGUUUCUUAUCAGUUCUCCCCAUGUAAAAGCCCUUUUAUGAACUGAUUUAGCUUCAUGACUCUUACUAAGUGUGGCAAUAUGUUACUUAUGUUGUUGUAUCUCCUACUAAUAAUGUUAUAUUAAGUAGGCUAAGUUAAUAUAUGAUUUAAAAGAUGGCCGUGGGGGUUUCUAAUCAGUUCUCCCCAUGUCAAAGCACCUUUACGAACUGAUGUAGCUUCAUGACGCUUACCAAGUGUGGCAAUAUGUUACUUAUGUUGUUGUAUCUCCUACUAAUAAUAUUAUAUUAAGUAGGCUAAGUUAAUAUAUGAUUUAAAUGAUGGGCUUUGGGGUUUCUUAUCAGUUCUUCUCCCCAUGUCAAAGCCUCUUUAUGAACUGAUGUAGCUUCAUGACGCUUACCAAGUGUGGCAAUAUGUUACUUAUGUUGUUGUAUCUCCCUAUGGUAAAUAAAUAUAUUUCUAUUUCUAA